GAUCGCGUUCGAGGCGUGCGUUUGACUUUCGGGUGGCGACGUACGCUAGUGGCGUGUGUCUUCAUUAUUGAUGCAAAAGUUCCACGAUGGUAGAUCAUAACGAAAAAUUGUUACAGGAGUUGUUAAAGAAACCAGGGAAUAAUGUUUGUGCCGACUGUGGAAGCGUGGAUCCCGACUGGGCGUCAUACAACAUCGGCAUAUUCAUAUGCAUGCGAUGCGCCAGUGUUCAUCGCUGCAUGGGGGCGCACAUCAGUAAAGUCAAACACCUGGAACUCGACCGCUGGGAGGACUCCCAGGUCCAGAGGAUGAAGGAAGUGGGAAAUACAGCUGCUAAGAAUAAAUACGAGGAGAGAGUACCACCCUGUUACAGACGUCCCACGAAGAAUGAUCCGCAGGUCUUAAUUGAGCAGUGGAUAAGAGCGAAGUACGAGAGAGAGGAAUUCUGUCACCCAGAGCGUCAGAAUUACCUUUCUGGUUCAAUGGUCGGUUUUCUGAUGAAGAGAGGCAAAGAAGACAGCCGCUAUCAGCUCAGAAAGUUUGUUCUCAAUGAAAGCGAGGACACACUGAAGUACCAAGACGCUUCCGACGGCUGUAGCCGUGCAUCGGGUUGUCUCGGUCGGAUUUUCGAACAUCUCCGACUCAAAAACUUGGGUCGUUUGAGAUAUCACGUUAAGGAACAUAGAGAGCCGAAGGGUGUUUUGAAGCUGUCUGAGCUGAACGUGUCUUUCGCUCCGGAUAAGAUCGGCCAUAGGAACUCCAUGCAGCUAACCUUCAUGAAGGACGGCUCAACGAGACACAUAUACGUUUACCAUGAGGAUCCGGAAGUCAUUAACUGCUGGUAUACGGCUAUACGAUGCGCUAAACUGCACAUAUUGCAAGUAGCGUUCCCAUCAACACCACAAUCGGAUCUAUUGCUCCGUCUGCCAAAAGACUUCGCUCGUGAGGGCUGGCUUUGGAAGACAGGUCCCCGGCCGUCAGAUGUCCACAGGCGAAGGUGGUUCACACUGGACAAUAGGAAGCUCAUGUACCACGAUGAACCGUUGGACGCGUAUCCCAAGGGCGAGAUAUUUAUCGGCCACGAAUCAAACGGCUAUCAUAUCAAAGUAUCGAACACGGGUAACGGUUGUAAGGAGGCGCGGUUUCCGUUCCACCUGGUGACUCCCGAGCGAACCUUCUCACUAGCCGCCACCACACACGAGGACCGGGCGGGCUGGCUCGCUGUCAUACAAGCGACGCUGAAGAGACCGCUCACUCCCCAGGACCUGAACGUUGAAGCUACUCUCGUCAGGAAACGCACAACAUCAAACUCAAUCAGCAUAUUCUCUGGCAGGUAGUUCAUAGUAAGGAAACGAUGUUAAUAAUGUACGCAUUAAUUUCAAAUCAUAUUACGUUCAAAAACAUUUAUAAGACAAUAUUUUUAUAAGAUUUUAUUUGUAAAUAGUAUCUAUAUGUUAUUUAAUUUUCGUUUAGAUGAAUUUUAUUAACGAUUUAAUUUUUUAAUUUUUUUUUUUUUGUUUAGUCAAUAUUAUUUUUAAAUGUACAUAAUUUAUUUCAUGCAAUGAACGAAACACAGUGAAGGGACUGAAUCUUUGAUUUUUUUUAUAUUAAUUAUUGUGAUUAUUGAUUAUUAUAAUUAAUUUUUAAAAAUUCACACAUUGCACGCACAUUAUAUAUAGGUUUGUGAACGCAUCGCAUGUGGUUAAGGAUAUAUAUAUAUAUAUCCAAGGGUUAUAUUUUCUCGUCAACACGUCAUGACAAUAUAACUCGUAACACUCUAUUGAAUGCCACAUUUCUCGUUUGAGAGUAUUUAUUGGGAAAACCUAUUACUGAUGACAUUAUUAUAAUUAUUCAAUGAAUUAUAUCCAAUAAAAAAAAUGAAGCUCUCUCAUUCAUGGAAAAAGACAUUCUACAGGGAAUUCGUGUAAUAAUUAAUCGUGUAACCCGUUACUGUAAUCGUAUUUAACGCUUAGUUUUUAAGCAAUAUAAUCAUAUAAGAGCUAGUUCUAAUAUUUUCUUAAUUAAUUAAUCGAAUAGAUAUCAAUGUUAAAACGAUUGCGACUCGCGAUGUAUCGACUGACAUUAAUAAUAGAAAUAUCGAUUCUAGCGUGUACAUUGUAAUGUUAGAUUACAAUUUUUUUUUUAAGCUUUGACUAAAUUAUUUAAUAUUAAUAAAAUAAAUUAUUUUUAGUUAAUCAUCAAUUAAUUUAACUGAGAUUGCUCCUGUGUAUUGAUCUGAAAUUAUAAAAUAUAUAUACACGGAAUGUGUACAAAUACUGGGAAUGUAUAAGAUUAUUCAAUUUCUUAUACAUUGUAUACACUUAUACAUUUUUAUAUAUUUUGAGGUUAUAUUUUUUUUAAAUAAACAUUAAUUUCUAAACAAUAAAAGAAUGAAUUCUACAGAUUCGAAAAUAAAAAAUUUCAAUAAAAUUAUAAAAAUUAAGAGAAAUUAAUACCGAAAUCUUUGUCCACAUGUACACUCGCUACAAAUGUACAUUGUGAUGCAGUUUUUGCUACUUUUGUACACGUAUGCAAUUCGUUUAUGUCAAUUUUGUACAUACGUGCAACUAGACGGGUAAUUAUUUUUGCAACAUUUCAACUUGCCUCAGUAAACGUUACAUUACAUUGGAAUGCAAAUGUAUUUAUUUUUAAUACUACAAAAAUUCUUAGGGUAUUUUAAAAUUAGGAAAUCCAUUAUGAAAUGACCGCAAUAAUUUUAAUUAUCUUAUAUAAACAGGAGCUAUCUCUAAUGUGUAUCAUUUAAAGUAUAUUUUCGUUUAAGAUAUUCUAAUGGAAUUUGUACACAAUCUAUGAACAUUAUUAAGUAGUCUGGAGAUAUAAAGGAAUUUUAAUUAUAUUGUCUUAAAAGUAUUUUAUCAAUGCACAUAUUGUGAGUUGUAGAUAACGAAAACUAUUACAGUUUUGUAGUUAAUACAUAAAAUACAUCUAGUAAUAGUAUAAUGAACUUAUACUUAGAAUAAAACUUUUAACUAUCCGUGUGACGUCAAAUCGCAUGAUGGAUGAGCUCAGAGACAAGCAGAUUUCGUCUAUCUAUAACAACUAACGCUCAUACGGAAUAUAAUACAAUGGAAACAGAUUGUGUUGUAGUUAAUUAUUUAGCGUGCGGCUUAUAUCAGUAGUUUUAAAAUGAAACACGGUUUGUAUCGGAUAGUAUGGGGUAGCCGUCUCAACUUAUGUAGGUAUAGUGACGCAAUAAUAUUAUAAUACACUUAGGCGUGAAUACUCUGGAAUUUUGGCUUUAAAUAAUAAAAAACAAUAGUGUCAAAUUUUGUUUAUACCAAAAAAAAAAAAAAUGCAGUGUGACUGCACUAAACUUAGGUCGCGAUCUAUGUUUGAUUAUCACUUAUAUAAUCAAUAACGCAUUGAUUUGCUAUGUAGCUACUAUAUUUAGAGAAUUUAGCUAAACUUAUACGAUAAUUUUGUUAGUAUACUUAGUAUUGGGACGUUUUGCUUAGCAAUAAUUAUGCGUUACGCUAGUGUCAAAAUAGUUCAAUAUUCGUUGUUAGCUUAAUAUUUAGCUCGUAUCUGUAGUGAAAUUACGUUUACUUUUUGUUUCAUCCUGACCUUCAUAACUAUAACUUAACUUCAUACUGAACGUAACAGUUUUUGGUUUAUAGAUCUUAGUUAAACGUUUCAAAUCUAGUGUUGGGACAGCAACUUGUGCUGAGCAUUUAUAACCACGAGUGUGCAUCGUCAAAUUGAACGUAAACAGUUCUCAGGUUCGUGAAUGUAAAACUGAAUACAUACCGUUGUUAGUUUGACAAUGCACUCGUGCUAGGUGUUGUACACACUGACGAUGCAAGAACUAUUACACACAUCAUCUCACUGUAUAACCAAUGGUAACAAAACAAUGGCAUAUUUUUUGUUUGAAAUAUUAAAUACCUGUAUCUAACUUAUUCUGUUAUUUAAUGGUUAUGCUACGAGACGUAUGAAAAUAAUUGAAACAGUUCAAGAGAAAUUAACGUUUGAUAUGUUCUGUUUACCGAAUAUAUUAACAAAAAAAAAUUAUGAAAUUUUUACCUUAUAUAAUUUACUGCCAAAAAAAUUGCAAAGAUGUACAAUAUUGCGUAAGUGAUGUGGGAUGAAUAUGAUUCUUCUAUUUCUUCAAAAUCGCGAAUAUUGUUAUUUUUUUUUUUAAUUUUCUAUAUGGCACCAUUGUAUGAAAAGAGAUACGAUGAAUGGUAUACUUUAUUUGAAUGCAAUUCAUUUAAAUACGCAUUUCUUUUAUCUACAAUGAUAAAUAUCAGAAAAUAUAUAAUCUGUAUUAUAUAUAUUUUUUAAAUCUUGUUUAUGUUAUAAGAAGCCUCUGACUUGAAACAUUCAUCGAGUGUUUAUUCCUUUCCCUUUAGUUAGUGCUGUAGAGUAUUGAAACAAUUUUACCAAAACAUUGCCUCGCUUAAGUUACAUUUUUGUUGUAAAUAUUUUUAACUAUUUAGUGUGCUCUGGCAUAAUAUGUAUAUGUAAUUGUAAUUUAAGAAGAUCAAUUAAACUUUUCACAGGCUA